AAAUACAGUGUAAACAAUCUUUUAUUUUUUCAGUCAACACCCAUCUUGAUCAUUUGAUGUUGAUCUUGCUCAAGUGUUGUUGUUUUUUUAAAAGUAUAAAACAAGAAUCUAUAUGAUCUAGAUCAAAUGGGAUCGAUAGUCUAAAAGCCUCAUAGACAAUCGAAGAUAGUAACAAAAGAAGACUACUUUAACAUGACUUGUGAAAUUGUUUUUAGAGAUGUAACUGAGAUAUACUCAAGACUUUUUAAUCAUCGUGCUGCACUUCAGGGACUUACCAACAGCUUUGUGAAAGAGUUUGAGGAAAAAAGAGGUGAUCGGGAGAUAAUAUCAUUGUCAAGAGUCUUAGAGUUAGUCACAGACAGUAGAGAUCGAGCUCUGCCAACCACAAUUGACAGCCUUGAGUGCAACGUUGAUAAUUUUAAGGAUUCAGUGAACAAAACUUUGAAACUUUGUCAGGAGAUAAUAAAAGACUCAGAAGAUAAAAAGUCCGAAUGGUUGGAAUCACAGAGGCGUAGCAGAGAGCAACAAUGGAAUGAGUUCAUGGCUGCGCAGGUCACCAGAAGUGCACGAGUUGAUUCAGAUUUUAAAAAUAAAGUAGAUGCCUUAGCCAAUCACUAUGCUGAUCUGGAAGAGAAACUGAAAGAGAGUACCAGUAAAGUUCUUUAAUUUGUUUGCUCUUUUAUUCUCUGCAUUCAGUUUGGCAAUAUGUACAUAUAUGAUUCUUUGUGCUCAGUCUGUGUUACAAGAUGAUAAUUAUAUGAUGGUAUGUUUCUAUAAAGUGAAAGUACAUUAAAAUAUUUUUUUUUAAUAA